AUGGAGACAAAUCCCUUCCUCCCCCCCACAGCAGACCCCCUCUCUCACCCUGUCCAAGAAGACGGUGGUCAAUCUACGCAAUGGCCGCUCACUUUGUCUACAGACACGUCCCUGUUGACCCUGAAAGAGGCUGCACGCAACAGUUCGCGACGGCGAAACGAUACAAGACUACCAUCUGCCGGUACUUCCCCUCACGCGCCUCUCAGUCAACGAAUCUCCAAGCCCAGACUACCCUUGGCCGAUAGAAUAGGCAAGAACAAACCAGUCUACAUUGACAGAGAAGAGGGAGAGAUCAGUGAUGAAGAAGACGGGCAAGAAUCUGUCGAGCGUCACGAAGGCAAGAACUUGGCUCAACGACUUGGUCAAUUCUCAGCGGCUUCGUCUCUCUCGGCUUCUGGUGGAACUCAGCCUCACGCAUCAGCUGCCCCCAGUCGUUCCCACGCCGGGGUCUCAUUGUUGGAGCGGCUCGAGCGACUAUCAUCGCCCCGUAAACGUACAAGUCAACAGCAGAUGUCGCCGCUGGCAUCUCCGCCUCCUCCGUCUCCGCCUCUUCCCCAUAUCCCAUCAACACCAGAGACCGAGAUAUCCCGUCCCGCUUCUCCCGAAUUUCCGCCGACCCCGCCCAUGCCAGCAACCGCAGAACCCGCGACGCCCCCUUUCCCGCCAAUUUCCGAUUGGCUGCCGUCGACUCCUCCCAGACCCCCCACACCGAUGCUUGACGCGGGCAUGGAAGUGGAUACACCACCUUUGCCGUCUCCUCCUCGUGUGCCAGACUCUAGGCCGCCGUCUCCCAGUGACCCGCCUCCUGUUGAGGAGGAGCGCCCUUGUACGCCGCCAAUCCCUCAAAGGAAUGAGCCUCUCGAGAUGGAUGAUCCUGUCGAGGUAUAUCGAGAGCGACUAUCUAGAUCUGCCGGUGCGGUCACAGCUGGGGAGCUGAUGACCCAUCCGCUUACUCCCCCUAUCCCGCCCGCGUCCCCUGAUAUAGAUCUGGAUAUUGCACCUGUCGAUAUGCCGGAGCAAUCGCAGACAAUGGCUGAGGCAGUCCAGCCAGACGAGCCCCUGCAAAUCUCAAACGAGGAGGAGGCUCGAGUCGAUGCUGGGAAGGAAGAAAGCCCGGACGAAGAGGCGAAUUCGUCUGCAGAACAACCACCAUCAACAGCCGCAGCUUCUGAUGCAAUCCCAGAGGACACCACCGAUUACAUGGGUCUCAUUCGAGGCCUCAUUCUUGACGGUGUCUCGCCACAGCAGCUCAUCGAGCGCGGUGCUUCGGCACACAGUGUGAUGGUCGUCUGCCAAGAGAUUGUCGAGCGCACGAAGCAAUCUGCUGGGUCCGUAGAGCAAGGCUCAGCUGAAGAAGCUGCUUUCCUUGCCGUUGAGGAAGAAGCUCCUCACGCCGAGGGCUCCGAGUCGCGACCUAUCUACGUCGCUUCCAGUAGCGCCGCCUCGUCCCCGACUCUUGCUCAUCUGGUACAUCCCCAGCCAUCACCUCUUGGAGCCAGUCAGCUCAAGGAGGCGCUCGAUCUUACUCUUCCCGCGAAACCUGUCGCAAGAUUGGUCCCGCAGGAAAGUUUUAGACCGAAGCAGCCGUCACCAGCACCUGCAGAAAUACUGCCGCCAGCUCUCUCUGUGCCAGAUGUCCCUCCUGCGAGCUCGUCCAAGCUUGACACCUCCAUACCUGAUGCUUCAAGUAACCUCCCCCCGCGGGCUGGUAGUCCUCCACCAAAUGUACCUUCACCCAACGUGCCUGUCUCUCCAGCUUCAAAUCAAACAUCGAAGAAGAAGAAAAAAGACAAAAAGACAAAAAGGGAAAAGGCCGCUGAGAAUGCGGCGAACAAGAGGAAAGAAGCACCGGUCACUCGAAGAGCGACGGGCGCUGUCGUGUCCAUGACCCCCGAAGAUAUAGCUCUGCAUGUCCAGAACCGGCACGAGCAUAAUCUACGCUUCCAUGCUGCGAUGAUGGCGGGGCAACUGCCUCCGCGACCCGGAGCUUACACUGCUUAUUCCAUCCACGAUUACCCAGUCCCGUCAUUCAACCCUGACAUGCCGCCCCAUCUUCAUCCUUAUCGCCCGGCCGCGCUUGGACCCGAUAUUCGUCCUGUCGAGCCACCUGGAGCUCCACCCCCUCCCCCCGACCACCCACCGCCUGAUGCAAGUGCUGCUGCACUGCAUGCGAGAAAAAGAAUGGCUUUGGAGAGUAUGCGAAGGAAGAAGCCGGCUUCAGCCCAGUCGGAGGUAGAGGUGGAUACUGUGCGGCCGACGGUGGAUAGUUCUCAGAGCCAAAGUCAAAGCCGCGAAGCGGAAGCGUACGAACAAGCCGCGGCCUUGGAGAAAGAAUUCUUCAACGCCUACAUCUCUGGACAGGGCCCUGCGGGUGCUCCUCCUGACGUACCGGGCAAUGUACAUGAGAAGAAGAAUGGGUCGGAAAGUAUGGAUAUGGAGCUGGAAGAGCCCGAGGAAGGGGAAAUCGCUGCGCCGCCGCCGGUGCUACCGGUCAUUGCUAUGAGUGAAAGUAUGACGCCCGCAGAACAUAUCCCUGGGGCUCCUACGGCUGCGCGUAGAGGGACCAAACGACCUCACGCCGAAGAUCUUAUGGACGUACGACCCCAUUCUGCCCCGCCUGCCCGCCGUCCAACAGCGCCCCGUCGACUGUUUGGUCUUCCCCUCAACCCGACCCGUUUGUUGUUACAUGUGGACGACGAUUCUGAUUCCGAUUCUGACGACGAGAUGGAAGAAUUGCAAAAGAGGGAAGAGGAGCGGCAGAGGGAGGCGGAUGAGAAGCAAAAGAGGCUCAAUGAGAACAUCCUGAGGCUGAAAGCAGAGAUUGCGAUGAAGAAGCGCCGGAAAUUGGCAGGGGACACGAGCGGAGCGGCUUCUCCGACCACUGGGGACGCGACACCGACGCUAGGUGCCGGAGUUGUCCAAAACUUGACAGAGACCGCGGAGGCAAGUGGAAAACGUGUCGGUAUUGACAAGCUGGCUUCAGCGGGUACGGCUGCUCUUUCAGUCCCAGAAGACACUCGGGCAAGAUCAUCAACACCAGCCGAUAUCAAACAGUUGACCGUAGAAUUGGCCCAAGUCGAAGCUCAAAAAGAAGAGCAGGCCAAGGAAAUCAUGUCUGCCAACGCCCUAAAAUCUGCGGAAGAGCCGAUCAUUGCAGACGACGACAUCCAGGUGGAUGAAGAAGUCGUGGUCGGUCAAGCAAAGGAUGCGAUUCAGCCCUCCCAACCAUCUACUCAACCCGCUACUUCCCACAAAUCAAAGAAUUUCCAGGCGUACUACCCUAUUCUUACCCACUAUCCCCAGCUGCCGAGUGCCAUUUCUCUCCAUACCUCUCCCCAUACCCCUGCCCCAGAUCCCUUCGCCCAGAUCAACCGGGUCCUCCUCGAUUCAAUCAUCCUCACUAACCGCUCACAGGCAGGCAGUGUCACUCUAUGCCGGGCUGAAGCUGGAGGGGGCAAGUAUGACGAUGUGGUCGAAUAUGUGUACGAGGCGUAUAUCAUCCCUCAGGGCAAGGCAAGCGGGAGGGAAAAACAAGGGGUGGCAGAUAUAGUGGCUGCCGCGAGACGGCAAGUUGUCAGCGGCCAGACAAUUCCAACACACACGAUCAGAACCGACGACGAUACGCUCAAGCAGCUCUUUGAGAAAGUUGGUCAGCUCCUCCAGAGCUGA